AUGCAUUCUUGGCUGGGAAGAGGAAAAUCACUCCGAGCUGGGGUGACAGUCUGUUGCUUGAUCGCGUUCGUGCUCUUCGGCUAUGAUCAAGGUGUCUUCGGAGGUAUUCUGCAAAAUAAGGACUGGUUGGACCAGUUCGACCACCCGUCGGAUUCGAAAACAGGAAUCAUUGUUAGUUGCUACAAUCUGGGAUGUUUGGCAGGUUGCGUGUUGAAUUUCUGUGUGGGCGAGAUACUGGGCCGCCGCAGAACGAUUUGGACGGCGAUGGGCUUCGUGGUCGUCGGCGCUAUCCUACAAACUACGGCAUACAGCGUUCCUCACCUAGUCAUUGGACGUGUUAUAACUGGCGUUGGAACCGGCCUCAAGACGUCAACCGUGCCUAUGUACCAGGCAGAGCUAUGCGACCGAGAGAGUCGAGGAAAGUUGGUAUCCGCCGAGGUCCUCUUCGUCGGCGUCGGUAUCGUCCUCGCAUACUGGUUUGAUUUCGGCAUGUCUUACGUUGGCGGUGCAAUCGCCUGGCGCCUUCCAAUUGCCUUCCAGAUCGUAUUUGCCCUUGUCGUCAUCGUCCUGGUCUUCGCAUUGCCAGAGUCACCGCGUUGGCUUUUCAACCACGGAAAAGAUGCACAAGCAACAGCAAUCCUCUGCGCCGUCUACGACAUGGAUCCCAUGGACGAAUACAUCGUCAACGAACGACACGCCAUCCUCCAAGCGAUCGAGCUCGAGCGGUCCACCGCCAAAUCGAAGACGUUCUUCAGCAUUCUCCAGGCCGAUUCAGUCAGGACCCGUUACCGCGUGCUGCUAGCCUGGGGCAUACAAUUCAUGAAUCAGGCAGGCGGAAUCAACCUCGUCGUCUACUACAUCCCUUCCGUGCUGAUCCAGAACGUGGGAAUGACGCCGCACCUUGCACAGAUCCUCGGCGGAUGCAUCAACAUGAUGCUGAUGUUCGGCACCAUCACCCCGUCUAUCGCUCUCGACAGAAUGGGUCGUCGCAAGACGAUGAUUGGUGGCUGUCUGGGCUUGGGCAUCUGCAUGCUGAUGAUAUCCGCACUGUUGUCUCAAUCUGAGAAGCCGAAUGGACAUACGUAUGCCUCUGCUGCUGUCGCGUUCUUCUUCCUGUACAUGUUCAUCUUCGGUAUGACGGUUCACUGCGUCCCCUGGGUGUAUGUCCCGGAAGUCUUGCCAUUGGAAGCGCGGACAAAAGGCACCGCCAUCGGCAUAAGUUCGAAUUGGCUUUGGAACUUCACGGUCGUGAUGAUAACCCCCGUCAUCAUUAACAGACUACAGUGGAAGGCCUAUCUUAUCUUUAUGGCUACAAACCUCCUCUUUGUACCAUUGCUCUAUUUCUUCUACCCGGAGACAAGCAACCUGGGUCUCGAAGAUAUAGACAAAAUAUUCUCACAGGGCGGAAACCCUGUUCACGUCGCUGCGGAGAUGGUGAAGGAAUUGAAACUGCAGAAGGAGGAGUCGCAACUAGUCAGUAAGAUUGAAGGCGGUCCUGACCCAGAGUUGCAAGUGGUUCAUGAGAUCAAAGUGUGAAGAAUGGCACGCGAAGGUCUUGUCCUGCAGAUGAAGUUUGCCUGCACACUGUUGCACGAACAGGUUAUGGGACAAUAAACACAAUCUAG